GCGCGUUUUUGUUUGAUCUUGUGCAAAAUGUCAGCAUUUGUAACGUCAGCUGCCUGCGUGGCUCUAAUUCAGUUGUUCCUGCUACAUUUGGUGGCAGGCAAACAGUUUACCUGGUGUGAUCGAGAUCUGUGUGGUCCGGGCGUCAAACAUAUAGCCUGUCGCAACAAUGGCCACUUCCACAGACGCUGCCAGCCGGACGCCUUCGAAGUGGACAUCUCUCGGCAUAAGCAGUACUUUGUACACAGCCAUAACAAGCGUCGCAACUUCGUGGCACUGGGAAAGCUGCCGGGCUAUUAUCCUGCAGCGCGCAUGACCACCAUGGUCUGGGAUGAUGAGCUGCAGUAUUUGUCUUCGUUGAAUGUGCGCACCUGUGUAUUGGAUCACGAUGAUUGCCACAACACGUACAGAUUUGCCAAUUCAGGACAGAAUCUAUGUGCCAUUUGGCGGGAUCGCAACCCAAAUGUGAAUGUGACCAGCCUAAUUGAGGAGUCGAUGGGACUGUGGUUCAACGAAUACGAUUUGAUCGACAGCAGCUACAUCGACAAAUUUCGUGUCACACAAUAUUUUGAGGACUAUGGCCACUUUGCGGAAAUGAUGGUGGAUCGUAACUCGCGUGUUGGCUGCUCAAUAUUGCGUUUCACACGACCCGAUUAUCCCUAUGUGUACAUCUAUAAUGUCGUUUGUAAUUAUGCGUCCAUCUACGCUUUGGAUGCGCCCGUCUAUGUAGUUGGGCGAUCCACGUCCCGCUGCCAAACGGGCAGUAAUCCAUUCUAUCCGGGUCUCUGCUCAGUAAGGGAACAAUAUGAUCCUAACUACUGAGCGAUCGGUGUAGUACCUUAGAUAUAUAAUGCUCAGGUAUAGAACUGCCAAGAUCUUAGUAAACAUCGUCUGUAUUGUAUUUUUACAUAAGAUUGUAGUUAAUGAUAGUUGUAGUCUUUGUUUACCAAUAAAUAACACAUACACAAAUAUUAAGCCACUAUUUAUUGACAUAAUAACACCCACUCGACAGCUUUUAGACGGACCAACAUCAGCGUCUGUCAUUGUAUAAUAAUAAUACUUUUAAUUAGUUAAUGAUUUGUUGUAAAACAGCGAGCUAGCUAGUUAAACAGACAAAACUGUCGCUGCGAGAAACAAGCUCAUCAAGACGUGACCGACAACAAUAUGCCCUAACCAGGCAAAAUCUGCCUAAAUCCGAUGAGAAAAAAUCCAGGUUUAGGACAUGACAAAUCAUAAAUCAAUCAUAGCCGACUAUAAUAUGUCCUCACCAGAUCUAGGGUCAAUAAUACCGAAUGUUAAUAUAUUUUAAUCGUGCUUGCUGAAAAAAUAUUAAAAAUAGUCUGACCCUAAGGUAACACAAAAGCAAGAUAGCCUGACUACAAAAUGCUUAAGUAAAAGAAAUAUAUAUGGUAA